AUGAGUGAACAAUCAGAAAAAAACAAUUCCACGCAAGAGAGACAUGCAGGUCAAAGUUCUCCUGAGAAAAACUGUCAAAUCGGACAGAAGCAACUGGUAUGGCUCAUAGAGCGACAGUUAAAAUGCUUGGCAUUUCAAAAUCCCGGACCACAGGUAGCAGACUUUAAUCCUGAAACAAGGCAGCAGAAAAAGAAAGCACGAAUGUCAAAGAUGAAUGAGUAUUUUUCUGUAAAGUACAAAGUUCUGAAGAAGUACGACAAAAGCGGCAGGCUUAUCUGCAAUGAUGCUGACCUGUGCGAUUGCCUGGAGAAGAACUGCCUGGGCUGCUUCUACCCCUGCCCCAAGUGUAACUCCAACAAGUGUGGCCCUGAAUGCCGCUGCAACCGCCGCUGGGUCUACGACGCCAUCGUCACUGAGUCUGGGGAGGUCAUCAGCACGCUGCCCUUCAACGUUCCUGACUAG